CGACGAACUGUGAAAGCACCGAAAAUAACAACCGCUUUUCCACAAUGUUGCUCCAUCAAAGGAUCAAACUUUGGUACAGGUUUUGACGAAUGUAAUGGAAAGCGAAAAACAAGCUACUGAGAGAGAGACACCGCCUCAGCACUGGAGAAGUUGCAAGUUGAUUAUUGACCCUGCAUUGACAAAAGGACUGUACAAAGUGUACCGUUAUGAUGGACAAUGUUUUAACAUACCCGUGGAGGACUUAGGUCUGUUUCCUGUGGAUGCAGUCAGAGAUCCGCGCGUCUGCCGCCUGUGGAGCAAAUGCAACGAGACUGACCUUCUGGUUGCUAAAUUUAAGGUUGAUGAGUGGUAUGUCGGCCCUGUUCCUCCCAAAGAAGUGACAUUCUCCCGGUUGAAUGACAAUGUAAAGGAGGUGUUCUUGACUAAUAUGUGCAGAAAAUAUGGGAACCUUGAAGAAGUGGAAAUAUUUUACAAUCCUAAGAACAAAAAGCAUUUGGGGCUCGCAAAGGUUGUCUUCGACACUGUGAGGGCCGCAAAGGACGUGGUUCAAAACCUCCAUCAGACCUCAGUGAUGGGAAAUAUUAUUCAUGUGGAAAUUGAUCCCAAAGGUGAAAACAGGGCGCGAUAUCUCCAGCUCCUCCUACAUGGCCUUUAUACUCCUUGGACGUUGCCAGUUGGCAGCAAUGAACGAGCUCUUCAGAGCUUAAUCGACAGUUUGCUGGGCAGCGCUGCCACACAGCAACAGGGGAGUCUCUCCAGCCCCACCAGCAUUGCCACACCCCUCUCUCUGGACACAGCCUACUCCAGUAUUUGGCAGGAUACACCUUGCAGCUUUGGGCUUACACCACGUUCUCAGGGAACCCCUCGCACUCCUUGCUUCUCCGCAACUCCUCUCUCCCAGGACUCCUGCUACUCCAGUCUUCAGGCAACUCCGGUCCUCCAGGGGGAGCCCUCCACUUAUAGUGUUCACAAACAUUUAAGACGAGAGCUCUGCCAUCGUAAACCCGCGAGGUAUCACAGGGGAUCUGGCGAAGUCUCAGAUGUCAGCUUGAUUUUGAAGCAUUGCCAACCACAGCCACCCCACCCUCUCUCUACCCAAACAGGCAGCCAGCAGCUUGCAGUGUGGGGUCACAAUGCACAAUCUUCUACUCCCAAUAAUACCGAACCUGCUCUUAACCUCGCCUCCCCCUGUCAGGAGUCCAGGGAGGUGGUCACUGCUACUUCCAAGGCUUUACAUCGGAACUCAUUCAGCAUCCUGAGCAUUAAUUUCACAGCUGACCGGCAGGAUGCAGCAUCCUCCCCACCUGACGAACAUGCAAGCUUAUCUCCAUCUGCUGGUAACUGUUCCGCUAGCAGCCCCCAGCCAGAGGUGGAGAGUUUGGACUCCCGCAUUGAAAGCCUGCUGAUAAACAGCCAGAGUGCUGAUCCCUCGUUCUUUGAUAGAACGACUUUGGAUGUGCAUUCUCAGGACAGCCCGACUUCCCCUUGCUCAGCUAAUACCUCCCCUCUCUCAGAUGACUCCCAUGUUCACACUCCGAGCCACCAGCACUCCUAUAAUGAUCCGGUGGACGUCUGUCCGACAUGGCCCGUUGAAAAUGAGGAGGAUGAGACUACUCGAGCUGUUUCGUUUCUGACGAGAAACUCCCAAUCUCCCGCUUCGUCUAAUUUCACAUAUUUUGAAAGGGGGAUUUACAUAAAUGAAGAAAAAGACGCAGAAAGGUUCCAGUCAUUAUCCAAGGAGCAUCAUGAAGCAAAUGAGGAUAAGGAGCUCUCAAAUAACAGAGCUUUGACACCCACAAAAGAGAUCUCUACUCUUCCUCAGCCUCCGUCCUUUUCUUCUCUGAGUAGCACUACUCAACUCCUUACCUCCACAGCUCCUCCUGCCAUCAGACCUGGAUGCCCCCAUCCAUCCGUCACCCGUUUCCCUUUCCCUAUUCCUCACUUUCACCCAUCUAUUCCACCUGUCCCACCUCGCCUACCAAACGGCACCAUCCCCAUCCCACCUCCAGGCUGGAUCCCACCUCCGGGCCAUCACACUGCCAUCUCUAUUCCUCCUCCCCCUAUUCCACCUCCUCGUUCGGUUCCUCCCCCACCACCUUUUCUUGGACCCCCUCCACAUUUGAUGGUUCCACCUCCUACACACACGUAUCCCCUACCCAUGCCACCUGCAGGUCCUUUGGUUAAGGGGAAUCCUCCAAGUGCACCGUUACCGUUCCUUCGACCCCCCUGGCCCGCUCCACCUUUUCCUACAUUUAACCCCUUUGUGCCACCACCAGACUACCAGCUUGUGAAAGAAAACCCUCACAAAAUCACGAUAGAAAAGGUUUUAGAAGUCAUCGUGGAUGAACUGAAGUCAAUAGUUAAGAAGGACAUUACACGUAGAAUGAUUGAAGGGAUCGCUUUCAAGGCUUUUGAGGACUGGUGGGACUGUCAAGAGAAGAAAACAAAGAUACAAGUUUCUCCUCUGAAGAGUGGAUCGGCAAAUGUGGAAGAGAGGAGCAAACUAAUAAAUCCCCUCAGUCACAUUGGUGCUCAGGGCAAAAAACCUCCACUGCCGUCCUUUAAGGUUAAAAGAAAAAGAGCCGAUGAUCCUGCUACAUCAGAAGAGAUAGAAAAUGUGUUUUGCUCUGCUCAUGAUAGUGCCGAUGUGAAACAGGGUGAUGACACAUUUAGAGCCAAACGCAGACAUGCAAGACCACAUGAACUUGAGAGUGAUGAUAAUGAUGAUGAUGAAGACAGGAAAGAAGAAGAUAAUACGCUUAAAGAUGAAGAAACAAUAUCAGACAAAGUGGAGGUUUUUGUACCAGUUGACGAAGAGCCUCAAAUCCUGUGUGCCAGAGUUGACCAUGAUGACGGUGAUGACCAUGUGGAGGAAGUAAAGGAGUUGCCACAAAAACACACAGAGGAUGACGAUGCUGUCAUCAUCCAAAGUAGUGAUGGAGCACAGAGCUUAGAUAGCGAGAGUUUUUCAGAGAGCAGCUCCUCAGAGGAAAGUGAGUAUUCAUCAGACUUCGACUCCUCUGACUCGUUCUCCUCAGAGAGCUUUGAGGAAUCGUCCUACUCUGACCUCAGUCCUGAAGAUGAGGACAUGGAGGAGGAUGGCGAGGAGGACGGUGAGGACAACGGGAGUGGCGAGUGUAUAGUCAUAUCGUCAGAUGAAGAGUCGAUGGAGCUCGAGCCCCCAGUCACCCCCUCGGCCCCACUAACCCCUGGUGCUCAGCUGGAGCUGGAUCUGCAGGACUGGUCAGCUCCAUUUCAUAGGGAGGAAACCGAGGAGAACCAGUACACAUCCAGUCAACAAGACUCCUGUGACUUGGAUCCUCUGAUGGAGCUCCAGACCAGCGAACCCCAGAACCAUCUGCAGCUCCUGUCACCUAUAGGAAUUCCAGCAGUGGAGCCAUACCUUGACAUAGAGAUGGAGAGCCCUGAAUGGAGGGUGCAGUCUCCAGAGAACAUAGAAACCCUGAGGCCUCUCACUCCUACUGGCUGCUUGGUGGACAGCGACCCUGACCUACCACUCAGAAGCAAACCAACAUCCCCAGCUGUGGAGGAGGUGGAACGACCACGAACACCAGGCAAGGGGAUAGUUGCAGAACUGGAAAGUGAGGACUCUGCUGAAGAAGUCCUCUUCCUCUCUCCAACAAGCACUGAGCUCGUUCUAGCUCCCUCUGGUCCCCCGGUCUCAUACUCAUCAUACCAGGAUAUGCCCAAAACUCCUGGGAGAGAGGAUCGAAUUGGAUGGACUCAGUACAGCUCUGUGAGAGUUCCAGCAACACCUGGCAGAGAGUCAGAGGGUAGCAUAAUGAUGGGCCAGACUCUUAGCAGCCCGCCUCCUGUCCCAUGCCUGUCUAUCAAUCCAUAUGUCACAGCCCCAAAGACUCCUGGAAGAGACAUCAUCCUACCCCGAAGAGCCAUAGUCCACAGGAGGAACACGCAAACGGUGACAACCUCACGGCCCCUGUUGUGUGAUUCUCUCAGAGGUUCUCCUGUCUCCUCUCCAUGCAGCGUCUCCGAGUCUUCAUCCGACUCCGCUGAUGGGAGGGGCAUGUGGAUCAGUUCAGGGGUGAGAAUGAAGCCCCUGCAGGGACUGGAGAAUAUGCCUGGGCUUCUGGGUGAGGAGAACAGGAGAGAGACAGAGAAAUCCUUAUUGAGGAGAAGACGGUGGAGGAGGCUAAAGAGGAGAUGGAGAAUCCAUCAUCGGCAGAGAUCACUUAAAAGAAUCACCGGUUCUCUCUCCUCUAACAGCCAUCCUCACAGGUGGCGUUCACGCUGUGAAGAGAGGAGGAUACUUCACAGGAUCUGGAAGGAGGGCCUGGAUGAAGAAGAUGCAAGGCUGCUGCAGUACGCAUAUGACAGGCUGAAAGAGCAGGAUAAUGACUUUGGGUGGAUCAGUGACACCCUGUGGACACAUCACCCUCUGACCAAAGUCCUCACAGAGAAGAUUGACGAACACAAUUCCUGGCAGCCGCAUCACAGGACCGGCUGUGCUCGCAGUGAAGGUUUCUACAAAAUCAGCAGAAAAGAUAAACUGAAAUACCUCAACAACACAAAGCUGACCACUGAGCUUCCAUCUACAAGUACUCAGGCCGGAACGUGCAUCCCAGUCCAGCAACCGACCUCACUGCGUGCCGGAUCUGACUUCAGGUCUGAACAACGUCGCCUAUUGUCCUCUUUCAGCUGUGAUAGUGACCUGGUCAAGUUCAACCAGCUGAAGUUCCGAAAGAAGAGGAUUCGUUUCAGCCGGAGUCACAUCCACGAGUGGGGCCUGUUUGCAAUGGAGCCUAUAGCAGCAGAUGAGAUGGUGAUUGAGUAUGUGGGCCAAAUCAUCAGACAGGUCAUUGCUGACAUGAGGGAGCAGAAAUACGAGGAGGAGGGCAUUGGAAGCAGCUACUUGUUCCGAGUUGAUCAGGACACCAUCAUCGAUGCUACGAAGUGUGGGAACUUAGCCAGGUUUAUCAACCACAGCUGCAACCCUAACUGCUAUGCAAAGAUCAUCACUGUGGAGUCUCAGAAGAAGAUAGUGAUAUACUCCCGACAGCCGAUAAGCAUCAAUGAGGAGAUCACAUACGACUACAAGUUUCCCAUCGAGGAAACAAAGAUUCCUUGUUUGUGUGGAGCAGAUGGCUGCCGUGGCUCCUUGAACUAAUCUCUAAUGAAGUGUCCUGAU